UUCAACAAUCAGUCUCAUCAUCCCAUUACCUUUAAACACAAACUUCAGGCCUUAUAAUGGCUUUUCGAGUUUAUAUUCUAACAUUUAUGUUCUUUUGCAUUUUCGUGGCAUCUACCGUUUCCGGGUACAACUCAAAAGACGUGAAAGCAUGGUGCAGCCAAACUCCAAACCCUAAACCAUGUGAAUAUUUCUUAACCCACAACUCAGGUCAAAAGCCCAUAAAAUCCGAGUCCGAGUUUCUCAAAAUCUCAAUGAAACUAGCUCUAGAGCGAGCCAUCCUCGCCAAAAGCCACACGUCUACACUAGGACCAAAGUGCCGUGACACACGUGAAAAAGCUGCAUGGGAAGAUUGUCUCAAACUCUACGACGUCACCGUCUCUAAAAUCAACGAGACCAUGGACCCAAACGUGAAGUGCUCGAGAACCGACGCGCAAACAUGGCUAAGCACGGCUCUAACCAAUCUCGACACUUGCCGAGCGGGGUUCUUGGAGCUAGGUGUUACAGAUAUCGUCCUUCCUCUGAUGUCAAACAACGUCUCAAAUCUUAUAUGCAACACACUCGCCAUUAACAAAGUUCCUUUCAACUACACCCCACCCGAGAAAGACGGGUUCCCUUCGUGGGUCAAACCCGGUGACCGGAAACUUUUGCAAAGCUCGACACCAAGAGAUAACGCGGUUGUGGCUAAAGAUGGGUCUGGUAAUUUCAGGACGAUUAAAGACGCGGUCAACGCUGCUUCAGGGAGUGGUAGGUUCGUGAUAUAUGUGAAGCAGGGCGUUUACAGUGAGAAUCUUGAGAUUCGGAAAAAGAAUGUUAUGUUGAGAGGUGAUGGUAAAGGGAGAACGAUUAUUACCGGAAGCAGAAGUGUUGGAGGAGGAUCCACCACGUUUAAUUCAGCUACAGUCGCGGCGGUCGGAGACGGCUUUAUGGCACGUGGAAUAACGUUUAGAAACACGGCGGGUGCAAGCAAUGAGCAAGCGGUGGCUCUAAGAUCCGGAUCGGAUCUAUCCGUUUUCUACCAAUGCAGCUUUGAGGGUUACCAAGACACACUCUACGUUCACUCCAACCGCCAAUUUUACCGUGACUGUGACGUUUACGGAACUGUCGAUUUUAUCUUCGGAAACGCAGCUGCCGUUCUUCAAAACUGCAACAUUUUCGCACGUCGUCCACGUAGUAAGACCAACACAAUCACCGCCCAAGGAAGAUCCGACCCGAACCAAAACACGGGCAUUAUUAUCCACAACUCCCGGGUCACAGCAGCUUCGGAUCUCCGACCCAUUUUGGGAUCCACCAAAACUUAUUUAGGUAGACCAUGGAGACAAUAUUCGAGGACUGUAUUCAUGAAGACUUCUCUCGAUAGCCUGAUUGAUCCACGUGGAUGGCUUGAGUGGAAUGGCAACUUCGCUUUGAGCACUCUGUUUUAUGCAGAGUUUCAGAAUACGGGUCCGGGUGCUUCCACUUCAGGUCGGGUCAAGUGGCCUGGAUUUCGGGUCCUUCGUUCUACCUCAGAGGCUUCAAGGUUCACUGUUGGUAGUUUUAUUGCUGGUAGCUCUUGGAUCCCAUCGAGCGUGCCGUUUACUUCUGGUCUCUAAAAGAAUAUAUCUGAUUGAAUAUUAAACCAUAUAUGAGAAUGAUGCAACGUCAUAUAUACAGAGAAAAAAUAUUGUUUCUCACAAUAUAUAAAUUGGAAAUUCCUGUAUAAUUAUAUAGUAGUUUCAUGUAACUUCGUUUUAUUCUUUAAAUAUAUUGUAUUCUGUA